AUGGCAUUCAAAAAGUUCCACAAAGUCAUCAGUGACAAUUUUCUAACGUGUCACAUCUGUCUUCACAAGUAUGAAGACCCGCGUGUCCUCCCAUGCUAUCACACUUUCUGCCUGACUUGCCUUGAUCAGCAAGUGGCAGCGAGUAGAACGGGACGCAAUAUCACGUGUCCAGUGUGCCGUCAGGAGGCACCUGUUCCACCAGGUGGACUGGAGAAACUUGCCCGAAUCUCCUUUUUGUCCAAGAGGACAAUGUUGGACUUCCUGACAAAGGAAGAUGACGAUGUUGUUGUGUGUCGUGACUGUAUUCUCACCAAACACAACAAACACAAUUGUGUAGACAUUGCAGAUGUAGCAGAAACGCAUAAAGAGGAUAUAGAAAGCGCCUUUAACAAUCUAUCUAAGAACAUUUCACUGUUUGAAAAUGCAGAAUCGGAAAUAUCCAUGCAACAGAAAGCUGCAAUUGACGACGUAAGCAAAACGGUGACCGACAUAGAACAACAGGAGGCGGAUAUUAUAGAAGAAGUUCAGCGUAUUUCUGCUCAGUUGAUAGCGGAAGCAAAAGACCACGCCACGACGCUCGUAAAAUCCCUGGAGGCUGAGAAAGAUGGCGUUCAACUACAAAAGGUGUCCAUUCACAGAACAUGUGAGUUUGCCAAGCAGCUUGUUCAACAUGGCUCCGACACGGAAGUGAUGAUGCACGCUAAACAUAUCCAAGCUAGGAUGAAAGAGUUGAGGAAACUUAAACCCACCUUUCCGGCAGAAACGCAAGACAGCACUUCUAAUGAGGAAAACAUUCCAGUGAAAUGUUUUGUUCUUGUGAAGAAGUAUAAAUGGCUAAAUACUGCAUCUUUGGUGAAUGAGUUUGAUAGCAACAUUGGAUAUUUAUGGGACAUAUCAUGCAGUCAAAGUGGGACAAUAUAUCUAGUUUAUAACCAGCCGGGAAAACUUACAGCAAUAUCACCAUCUCAUAAGGUGAUAUUUCAGGUUCAUGUACCAGACCCCAGGGGUGUCACCGUGCUCAGUGAUGACAGAUUGGUGGUUACAUGCCGGGAUGGAUGCCGAGUUUAUUCUUCCUCCGGGGAACAUGUCCAAACAUUUGGUCAAGGUGACAUGUCCUACCCCCAGGGUGUUACAGUGGACAACGAUGGACACAUACUUGUCUGUGACAGGAACAAUAAAUGUAUCUGUGUGUAUGACGCUGUGAAGUACCAUCUUAUCAAUAAGAUCACUGUUCCUAUGUGUAAAGCUCCACGAUAUAUUGCAGUACUCCCAUGUCGUGACACCAUUGUGGCGAGUGCCUUUGAUGAACACUGUGUAUAUGGAGUGACCCCCAAGGGUGAUGUUGUGUUCCAGUGCGGAACACUAGGUGAGAGCGGCUCAGGUGAUAGAUACCUGCGUUUCCCCUGGGGAGUGUGUACAGACAGCGUGGGUCACAUCUUUAUUGCUGACCAGUACAAUAACAGGGUGGUUGUUCUGACCUCAGAUGGUCAACUGUUAAGAUACGUGAUGGGUCGACAACAGGAUUCCGUACCACUGUGUGUUACCAUUGAUACCAAAGGACAUCUUUUAGUGGGGGAUAUUGGAGGCAAG